UGUCUUCAUCGAGAACGCGUGAACACCGCUCGCGCAAAAAAUAGCAUCAGUCUAUAUAAUCUGUGGGAUCGGCCACUGACAUUAAUUUUCGCGCCAAAAUGUGGGUCACUGCGCGCCCUAUUUAAUUUCUGAAAUAAAAAGUUUUAAUAUUUAUUAAAUCGAUUCGGAGUGAUGUAAUACGUGAUGUCAUUAAUUUGCUUUUCGCGGAAGAGACAAGAGAGAAGAAAAUCAUCAGAGGCUAAGUCAAUUAGCGCUGGUAAUAGUCCUCUUAAAUGUAAGGGUUCAAGACCUUCAAGUCAAAAUGUAUCCAUAGCGGCUAGAACAUCAGCGUAUGAGAAAAUCAGGCUUAAGGAUUGGGAAUGUGGGAUAUGUAGACGGGAGUUAGUGGAGCCAAGACUUCUGGGCUGUCUUCAUAGCUUCUGCACGAGGUGUCUCCAAGGCUUGCACCAUGAAGGCGAAACUGAGGUCUGGGAAGAUAUCGACGGAGGGUCUGUUUACCAUGAUCCAGGCGGAUCCGGUGGUGGUUCAGCCGGUUCUGGUUACGAAAGUGAUGUUCACCACUCCGAUUCAGAAACUAGUCUUGAAAAACUUCACAAAUAUGGAAUAAUUACUAGGAAGAUAUCAGGAAGAAGUUGUCAUUUCGUUCUGUGUCCGAUAUGUGGUUAUGAAACUCAACUGCCCCUGGGCGGAGUGUCCGCUCUACCGCUCAACUACGUGCUGCUAAGGAAGAUGGCGAACCAAGAGGGUGGUAAUUCAGUGUUAUGUGACCUUUGCUGCACUGAUAAUAAGGCAGAGAACCGUUGUACUCACUGCCUGGUGAGUGUGUGUAUGUCGUGUGGAGAUACACACACGAAACAGAAAGGAAACGCGACCCAUCUUCUGCAGCCACUCGGACCAAUCCUAAGGUUCUGCGGCCAACAUCCCAAGGUCGAAUUGAGCGUAUACUGCGCUACUUGCCAACAGGUUAUAUGCAGGGACUGCUGCCUGAUAUCGCACAGCGGGCACGCCGUCGCGAGCGCGUCCCGCGCGGCGGCCGAGCGCGCGAGUGCGCUGCGCGACGCGUGCGCGCGCGCGCGGCACGUGCCGGGGAACGUGGAGCGAGCCAACAGGAUCCUCGACGUGCAGGCCGCGGAGGUCGAUGAACAAGCGUCGCGAGUAGAGAACGAGAUCCGCGCGUGGUCGGAGGAGUACCGGCGCGCGGUUGACGCGCACGCGCGCGCGCUGGGCGGCGCCGCCGUGCGGGCGCGCGCGCAGCAGCGCCGCCGCGCGCGCCGCCGCGCCGCGCUGCUGCAGCUGCGCGCCGCGCACGCCAGGGACGCCGUGCGCUUCGCGGAGGAGCUUCUCUCCGAGGGCAAGGAGGACGAGCUUCUCUCUUUAAGCGGGCCGGUCCUGCGGCGUCUGGAGCGCCUCACGGAGCUGCAGCCGCUAUCGGAGCCCCCGCGUUGCGAGUUACGGUUCGCCCCCGGAGCGCCCGCUACUGACCGGCCCACCCUCGUGGGCAGAUUGUUUACGCUAGCUGCGGAUCCCGAUCGGUGCGUGCUGGAAACGGAAGGCUUACAAGAUCUUCAAGUGAAUGUCCAGCAUACGGUGAUAUUACACCUCCAGGACAGAAGUGGAGAAAAAAUUUGGUACAGCGGGGAGAAUGUGGCGGGCUACUUCCGGCGCCGCGACUCGAGCGCGCGGCCGGGCGCGGUGCGCGUGCGCGCGCGGCCCGACGGCGCGUGCGCGCUGCAGCUCGCCGCGCCCGCGCCCGGACACUACCUGCUCGCCGUCACCGUCGACAACCAGCCCAUCAAGGGCAGUCCGUUCUCGUGCAGCGCGCGGGCGUGCGCGGCGCACACGGGGCGGUUCCACUGCUGCGCCUUCUGCUCGUCGGGGGGCCGCCGGGACGCCGUGUGCGCCUGCGGGGCCUCCAUGGGUGCCGGGUACAAGGGCUGCGGGCACGGGCACGCGGGCUGGCCGGGCGCGCGCCACUGGUCUUGCUGCGGCAGCACCGCGCGCGCGCCGCCCUGCCGCGCCCCCGCCGCGCGCGCGCACGCGCUCUACCAGUUCUCGCUCUGAUGCCGCCGACUGCGACGACUAAUAUACACUGCGCACGAGCGUACUGUUUUAUUUCACCCUUGUAACCAUACACCCAUGAUAUAAUAUAUGUAUGUAUGUAGAAGUUGACGAGAGAUAGAAUAUCUAAAUUGUAAACAAUUUUCAUUGCGAUUUCUAGUGGCGACCGUACACGUUUUGUAUGAUCGGAAACAAGCUGUCAGAAAAAAAAAGAUUCCAGCUUAAAGAUAUUGUCUAUUAUAUUAAACUGAAUACUGAAUGGGUGUAAAGAGUAACAAAUGACGAUUGACAAGAUCGCUCUUAAACAACCGCUAACUAAAAUAAUAUAAAACUUAAUUGCUCUAGACUUGUUAGUUGGUCGCGAGCACGAGAACGGUCAUCGUGGAAAUCCUUGAAGGAAGAUUUGUCCAGCUGAUUUGCCUCCGACUGAUAUGAUGAUGAUGCAAAUCACAAUGUUUGAGGUCCAAUAUUUAAGUAAUCAUUUGAAAGGUCAGAAAUAAAAACACCUAAGUAC